GUUUAGGAGACUUUGAUGAGUAAUAGAAACCCAGUCUAGAAUGUAUUCGGAAUACUUUGAACAAUUAGGCAGACGCUACCAUGGUUACCUAGGCAAAACGAAGAUGGCGAAGUUUGUAAUAGCUGGUCAUUCAGAUUGUCCAUAUUUUGCACGAGCAGAAUUAUUGGGAGACAAACUUUCUAUCAAUUUGCCAGAUUUUAAACUGCAUAAGAUUGUCAAAACACCAGCAGAAUGGAAGUCCUGGCUUUCAGAGGUGUGCCAGCAGAGGGGCUGGAAACAUGAGAAAUCUCCUCUUGUCUGGCGUGAACUAAUUGACCGUGGUGGUAAAGGAGUCCUCAUUGGUGGUGCCAACGAGUUCCAGGAAUAUGCUCAGGGGUACUACGGUAUUGAGUCACAACUUGUUAGUAGUGACAUGACCAAAAUUGCUGCAGAAAAUGCAAAAAUCAAAACUGAAAUGGAUAAAGAGGAUGCUGAAAUCCGAGCACAGAGUCAACCAGUUAAUGUUUGUAUCACAAAUGCUUCAUCACAUGUAUGUUAUGCUCUGCUUAAUUCACUUACAAGAGGAGAUGUUCUAGGAAAUGAUGUUGAAAUGAAAGUUCGCCUGUUUGACAAUGGUGACAAGAAAGAAUAUUUGGAAGGUGUUAGAAUGGAAACUGAAGAUCUUGCUCAUGGACUUUUGAGAGGUAUUAAAGUUGAAACAAAUAUUACAGCAGCAUUUAAAGACUGUAGCACAAUAAUUUUACUGGAUGAAAUUCUACAAGGAGACAAAAGUAAGGAAGAAUGGAUUAAAGAAAACUCAGAACAUUUUGUUAACUAUGCUAAAGUGAUAGAUAAAGUGGCUGACAAAUCAGUUAAAGUGCUUAUAGCAGGGCAUGGUCCAAACAACUUCAAUGCAACUAUGAUGAUUAAAAAUGCUCCAAAUAUUCCAAGACAGAACUUUGUAGCAUUAUCCAGACUGGUUGAAAACCAGGCAAAAUCAAUAAUAGCCGAAAGACUGCAUGUCAAUACAGCUGGUGUUGUUGAUUUGAUCGUAUGGGGAAAUCCUAAUGGGCAACAUUACAUUGAUGUUUCAAAAAGUCGAGUUCAUGGUUACGACGGUGCAAUCAUUGGUCCUGAAUCAUUCUCAGUUUCUGGACCAGAGAUGGUCUUUGAUCGCCAAUGGUUGGAAACAGAGUAUAUUGAACUGGUUAAAACAAAACAGAACAAGGCAGAAGAGGCUAUGGGUCAUGCGGCUGUUUUGUCUCAAGCUUUUGCUAUCAAUUCUACCUUGAUGCACUGGUGUAAUGGUUCACCGUCAGGUCAGAUGUUUUCACUGGGUGUAUGUUCAAAUGGCUGGUAUGGAGUACCAAAGGGUCUCGUCUUCUCAUAUCCUGUCACAUUUCACCCUAAAGGUUACUGGUGUGUUGUCCAGGACAUUGACCUUUCAGAAGAGGUCAAAGGACGAAUUCUUGAAACUAUAAAGGUAUGGCUUAGUACCUCUCUACUGAAGUCUUAUCAAUGUACAUUUGUAAUUAAAUUCACUGAAAACAUCAUUUAAAGUAUGACACAUCCA